UUCUGUCAUUUAGUUUUAUAAUCAGAAAUAAUCAGACCAGAGACUGGACAGCCGUGCCGUGCUCCUCCUACCGGUCAGAUACAGUUGCAGGCUCUUGUACAGCAAGUCCACCCAAAUUGCAAGCGCCAAAGUUUUCGUCGACAUCAGCAGCACAUACCGUACACAGAAUGGCCGGCUUUCCCGACUACAACACUCACAUCGAGGAGAAUGCUGAGGUGAACGCCUGGAUUAGGUUCGGCCUGAGGAUGGGCGUCAGCGCCGCCCUGCAUCCCUUUGAGUACUCCAAAACACUGAUCCAGCUCGGCUACGAGCCGAUCGCAGCCCGCCCUGGCAAAUCGCUACUGGGCAAGCCGAUCAUGAAGCUGCCGAACAUUUUUCAGUACGCUGGACACAUAAGGCAGAUAGACGGCUUCUACGGGUGCUACCGCGGCUUAGCACCGAAGCUGGUGGGAUCCGUGGUGGCCAUGGUGGUGAGCGAGCGGGUGGCCGACAAGCUGGGUCUGGACAAGCCGGAGGAGGUCAAGGACGACUCGGACCUGAAUGAGGAGGAGAUGUAUGUCCUGUUCAAGUCCACCCUGAAGCGGGACAUCGUACUGACGGUGAGCGGCAUCGUCGCCUCCCACCCAUUUCACGUGAUCUCGCUGCGCAUGAUGGCGCAGUUUGUAGGUCGUGAAACCCUGUACACCUCCAUUCUGGGCUCCGUGGCUGAGAUCUGGAAGACAGAGGGCAUCGCAGGCUUCUUCGCCGGCAUCGUGCCGAAGCUUCUCUGCGAUGUGGCCUGUCUGGUGCUCAGCAGCUCCACGGUCUACAUUUUGAACAAAUACGUGAUCAAGGACAAGCUGGGCAGGCAGUAUAACGCCGGCUUCACGCAGUUCGCCAUCUCCAGUCUACUGUAUCCCCUCCAGGUAGUUUCCACCUGCUCAGUUGUUAGUGGCUCCCGCCUGAUGGCCGGCCAGCCGCCAAUCAUGCCGGUCUACAACAACUGGGUGGACUGCUGGAACGACUUGCAGUCGCGCGGCGAGCUCAAGCGCGGAAGCUCCCUCUUCUGGCGAUCCCAGGCAUUAAGCGUUCCCAUCGUGCCCACUUCGUUCGCGCCCUUGCCCAAGCUGGCGCGCUACCAGUAGAGCGCUACCUACUAGACCACCACGUUCAGGCAUUGGAGGCAGCAUCGAUUUUUUGAACCCGAUUCGCCAAGGCGGCAAUUCUGCACCUCACCGGCAACCGACCUGGCGCCCUCCGACCCAAGAAAACUGCAUUUGUUCCACAUUUCACCCAAACCAGUCACUCCGUCACAAUUCUGUAACCCAACUUAGAUGCACGACCUAGUGGCUGCUUAGCCCAUUCAAGCGGACGCUUCGCGCGGUAACCUUUAAUUUCUGCAUCAUAUAGUACUGGAUACUUUUCUAAGUCAGACUAGCUCUUAAAUCGGCAUAGCUGCGCACGAUUCCUGUUACUGUUUUACUGAAAAAAACAAUAAAAAUAAUUGCCAAAUCAGCGAAA